UAAGCACCGAAACGUCAAACAAAUAUUUGAUUUAAUUUGAGUUUACUAAUUUUUUAUUUAAGUUAUAUUAUUCGUUUUUAAAUAUGUCUGCAGACGAAGUAAGUUUUGAUACUAGGAACGCAACAGAAGAAAAUUUAACUGAAAAUGAGUCACCUGAAACAGAAGCUUUGCAAGAGGAAGGACAAGUUGAAGCAGUCGAAGAACAAGAAAUUUUGGACGUAAUAAAUGUUCCUGAAAAUGAAGAAAACAACUAUACAGCGGAAGUACAAGAAAAUGUUGAUGAGAUAAAUGUAGAAAUCGAAGGACAAACCAAUGUGGUAGAAGGAGAUGACAAAGCGGAUAUAAAACAGGAAGAAACGUCAGUACCACCAGCAGUAGAAGAGAUGGAAGAAAGUGAAGUAGUAAAGGAAGACAACGAGCAAGCGGUCCAGAUUGAUGUGGAAGAUAAAAUAUCAGAAAAUAAAUCAGCAGUUGAUGUUGAAGGUGUAGAUGAAAAAGUUGAAAAAAAAGUUGAAAAAGGUUUAAAGAAUGGAGCGGAAGAGUAUGAUUUUGAGCAUCUAGUGGAACCUGAUGCAGUAUCGGAAAUGUCAUUUGCUUUAUUACCAGAGGAAGUGCCUAAAUUUGUAGAACCUUCCAAAGAUACAUUGGUAGAACCAGUGGAAAUAGAAGUACCAAAAAAGAAGAAAAAGGUAAAAAAGAAAAAGAUACGGCCUAUUGUAGCAAGAAGAGAUUCAGACUAUUCUAGUAUUCGUAUAUCUGGCAGUCAAUCGUUGAUUAUAACAGGAGAUUUCGCAAUGGCCCAAACUGGCAGUAAACCGCUUUUGCCAUCACUUAUCUCAGAAGCCACAGAAGAGGAAGUGGAAGACGAAGAAGAUGAAGAAGUAGAAGACGAAGAAAUAAAAGAAAUGACAGAAGCAGAACGCAUGGAAUAUUUCCAGAAGUAUGACCGCCUUUCUAAAGAACACGAUGAAGAAAAACUUAAAAACGAUGAGUUUCUUAGGAGACUUGCAAACUACUACAAAAGGAAAAAGAUGUAUCAUGUGUUACACGAAGGCAAGGUCCAGUUAGACGCACAGAAAAAGUACGAAAAGCAAUUGGACGAUUACAGCAUCCAAGCUGAACUCAGCAAAAAAGAGCAGUUAGCUCUUCAGAUGGAAAUUGCAGACUUGAAGCAAAAAUGCACAAUUCAAGAACGAGAAACAGUUGAAGCUUUCGAGAAACUGCAACAUGAGGAGUUUGAAGUCGGAAAAGAUAUAAUAAAUUCGGAGGCUGGCAGAGGACAUGAGGAAAAAUUCAUUGAGAGGUAUUUGAAGCGACAAAGAAUUCAAUUAAACAACUUGAUAAAAAUCCGAUACGACUAUAUCAAAAUUCGGAACAAGUUGAACGAGACACAGGAUGCCUUAAACGCCAUUGAUAACCUUGGGUCAAAUCUCCAUCUCAUCGACUACGAACAACUGAAACUGGAUAACCGAAAUCUGCAAGACAAGCUCGAAGAGAGGGAUUUAGAACUGACGAGAGUGAGGCGAAAGUGUCAAAACGCCGUCCAAAUUCUGGCCCAUCGCAGAGAAAAAAACGCAGCUUUAGAUGCGGAUAUAACUUACUUGAACGAAAGACUCGAAGGUGUCAGUGGAGAGUAUGAAGAUGUGAGGGAACAGCUCAAUCAGUUAAAGAUGGAAAGGGACAGUUAUAGGGCUGCUACCAAUAAGAUAAUAGCGAAUAGUGGGUUGUUAAGCAGACCGACGUUACUGAGAGACUUGAGUAACACCAUGGACGAAAUGGAAGAACUGGGAAAAAAGUUGGAAAAAACUAAACGCGAAUGCAUUGCUGUGAGCAAUAAAGUAAAGAAAAUUAGGGAAAAUAUGGCGUCGGAAACAAAAAUGAACAAAAUUAGGUUAAUAAUGGAAGGGAAACAACUUUCCGCUAGCUUCUCUGGGGCCAGUCUCAGUGACAUAAUGGUUGGAACUGUCGCCGGUUAGGAUUUUCUAGUGUAGAUUUAAUCUAAACGUAAUUGUAUGGUUAGUGACAGGUGUAUUUUUUGUUAGGGACUUAUUGUAGGGACGUGCAUAAUUACAGCAAUAAAAUCUGUGUGUAUUUAUUA